AUGGCUGACAAGGAGCAGAAAGUCCAGUACUACACCCUGGAAGAGAUACAGAAACAUAAUCAUAGCAAGAGCACCUGGAUCAUCAUCCACCACAAAGUGUUCGAUGUCACCAAGUUCCUGGAGGAGCAUCCAGGUGGAGAGGAGGUGCUACGAGAACAAGCUGGAGGGGAUGCAACAGAGACCUUUGAAGACAUCGGUCAUUCCACAGAUGCCAGGAAUAUGUCCAAAGACUUUGUCAUAGGAGAACUUCAUCCAGAUGACCGAUCCAAAAUCCAGAGGCCUACAGAAACCUUUAUUACUACUGCUGAAUCAGAUUCCAGUUGGUGGAGUAACUGGAUCAUUCCCGGCAUAUCAGCUGCUAUUGUUGCCUUAAUGUAUCGUUUUUACAUGGCAGAAGAAUAA